AUGUCUUAUCGUCGCCGUCAGCAUCGUAGCUGUGAUCAAUGUCGUAAAGGCAAAAGAGCAUGCGACGCCCUCCUAGCUGACGAGCUUGAGGGGAUUGCGAAUGCUGGUGCUCAACAGGCCUAUAAUCACUCUUGCUCCAAUUGCAGGAAAUACAAGAGGAAAUGCACAUUCGACUGGCUCUUGAGUCACAGUCUCACAGUAUCUCGGCAUGGUCAUCGUAAGAGAGCCAGAAAUACUGCCAUCGCUCGCUCCCAGCAGGCCAACGACCCUUCCGCCGCUCGAUUCUCCCAACAAGCCUCCAUUGGGCCCAAUCCUACAGAGUCCCUCCAGCGAAAUGUCGAGAACUGUGAACAGCCAACGUCCGUUUGGGAUCCUCUUUCGCCGUGGCCGCAAGACGAGGGACUAAAUGCGGAGUGGUUGACUUGGGGGAACCUGAAUGACCCAGCUGUCGUCUCUCCUUGGAGCGACGACAUGAUCGUCAAUAGCAAUAGCCACGUCGACGUUGACCAUACACCACAAAUGGCUGCCCAUUGGAACUCUCCCGGAGCCUGCCAAGAUUGGCAUAUUACCGGUCAAACGGCUUUGCUCGAUACGAUGAGCAAUUCAGUCGCUUCGUCGCAAUCAAAUGGUACACCUGGUCCCCAAUCAUUUCAUGCCUGUGGUGUCAAUUCUGAGCUCUCGCUGUAUGAUGUUCCCCCAACCGAAGUUUAUGCUGUGUCCCUGCCAAGGAACACUACACUGUGUGUAGGCUCUAACCAAUUAUCACACAAUUAUGCGCACUCCACGAUGACGCACAACUUAUUCCACAUAUAUAACGACAGUAUGGAAAACGCCUUGAGCUGUUGGCUGACGGAACGUAAUUGCCCCUACAGUAAUUUGGGAUAUGUUGACGCAGCAGGACCGAAGACAGGCUCUUACACCACGAAUAGAAUCUACAGACGGGUUUGCCUCUUAGAUCAGGCAUACUCAUCCAUCCCAGGUCGACGUCUGACGAGCGUGGAGAAUCGGACGGCAACACAGGUGCUUCAUGCUGCCAUCAUGGCAUUCGCUUCUCAGUGGCUAGAGGAACGUUCAAUAGACAAUUCUAUUCGAUUCCCAUCCACCGCAGUUCAUCAACGAAGAGGCAUGCGGGAGAUUUUCUGGAAUCAAGCGCGUCAUGUGCUAGAGCAGUCGAGAGCAAUUCCAUCUUUCCGCGUGGCCUUUGCGCAUAUGUUAAUUUCGCUAACUCAGCCUCCCCUAUACUUUGGGGAAAGAAUGGAGCCCGGCGAACUCAUAGACCAUGAUCCUGCACCGAUGUUCCUCGAAACGGCGCUCCGGCAAAUGUUUACUUUUCGUUCUACGUUGAUCAAGCUUCGGCGGCAAGGUCCCAACAGGGUCCUUGAGCAUGGCGAGGAGAGAAAAUGUGAGGGAUACCAUACAGGACAAAGUGCCCAUCAGUCAGGCCAGAUUGAUGUGAUGCUGAAGGACUCUGAAGCCCAUCACACUUUCGAUCUUCUAUUCUGGCUGGGCAUCAUGUUUGAUACGUUGACAUCGGUCAUAUAUCAACGCCCCCCUGUGAUUUCCGAUGAGGACAGCCAGAUUAUACGCACCCGGUCGCCCAUAAUUUCAUUUCCGGAUGCCGUUGAUUUAGAUGGGUGGGAUAUUAGCUCCUCUUCCAUUCGCAAGAGUAAAGAAAGUGUAUGGGGCGAUCUUUUCCUCCGCAAACGCACCAUGCUCCACAGCCUCAACCAGGCCCGCUGGCCCUGUUCUUACGAAGAGGCAGCGGAAGUCCUAUCUGACGCCGCGCCAGUAAAGGUCCUUCUAUUCCGUCGCAUAACUCAUAUCAACACCCUUGUGUGUCGGGGAGGUGAGGCUGAGGCUAUCGAGGAAGCGAUCCACAACGCUCUCUUGGUCUACGAGUACUGGAACUCCACGUACAAGCAAUUUAUGCUGGAUUGCCUCUCUCACCAUCCAGAGCUCCCGUCUCGCAUACAAUCGUGGUAUUUGGUGCUGGCCGGACAUUGGCACCUUGCGGCGAUGUUGCUCGCAGAUACUCUUGAGGACAUUGACGAAGCGCGACUUGGUCUGGGCACCCAAGCCACGUAUCGGUACACGACGGGCCUCAUCUCCCUCUUGAGACGCGAAAGUGCGUUCGCUGUCGGAGACCUCGCCCAAUACUCUUACGACUUGCAGGGAUCGUCGCAUCCCAAGCUCCGCAACUUUCACGAUUCAGUCAAUCAAGCAGCGUCCUUAACUGAGCCAUGGGCUGCUGUCCUUAUCCACUCUUUCAGAAAAGCAGGCACCGUUCUGAUUAGGGAGAUAGGGACAUCACAAUAUGGCUACCAAAUGCAGCAAGAAUCUUUCAUGCUGGCGUGCCAGCGUUGUGAGCACUGUAUAAAGGCACUGCAGUGCCUGGGAAAAAAGUCAGAUAUGGCUCUGACCGCAGCUCACAGACUAUCAGACAGUGUAAGCAGAACACUGUCGCGACCCAGUCCUAUUGUUUUAUACAAUAUGUGCGCCGUGUGA